AUGAUCAAGGGAAACUGUGUAGUGUGUAACACAACUAAAUGUAGAUUAAAUUCAAAAAAACUAUCACAUGGUGGAGAUGUCAAGCCUAUCAAAAUUACUCCGAAAACUCAAAAAAUUCUUGAAGAUGCCUACUACAAUCCGGAAACUGGAUUUUGUGGUAUCAAUGAACUUCAAAGAAAAACUAAAAAGCCUACGGAAGUUGUGAAGAAGUUCCUGAACGAACAAGAUGUAUACACUCUACAUAAACCUGCUCGUAAAAAUUUCAAAUCUGAAAGAGUUUACGUUCACAAUAUCGAUGAACAGUGGCAAUCCGAUCUUGUCGAAAUGAUUCCAUAUGCAGAAGAGAACAAAGAUUUUAAGUAUCUUCUCACAGUCAUAGACUGCUUCAAUGCAAAACUAUGUAAAAAAUUAGUUAGCGAAGUUUCAGUAUAUACUGACCUUUCUGGAUAUGAACACUUGGUUGAAAAAGAGCUUAAUCAUUAUCCAAUUACACUUUCCGAAUGUAGAGAAAUGAUCAAUAACAAGAAAUGUGAUUAUGGAACGUUAUCAAAAGGCACCUCUAACACAUGGAGUACUAAUAACAAAAUUGAUGUAGAUUAUCCAAAUAGAUUUACCAGCAUUUUCACCCCUAAAAGAUAUUACAAGGAGAAUUGUAUAGUUAUUGAAACAAAGGUUUACUCUCAUUUCAAUCAAUCUAAACCAACUAACAUUCUUGCCAACAUGAACAAUUGCAAAUAUCAAGAUGGAUUUUGUGACAUAAAGAAGAAUGAAAUUAUCACUUGGGAUGUUAACAGAGAUCAGAAAUGUCAAUACAUCUCGAUAGGAAUACUUGAUGGGAUAUACAAUAACAAACUUUGGGUUAACAAUAAAAACCAAAUCGCAUUAAACUUUCAAUCAAACAAAACUGUGACUGAUUGUAACAUAGACCUGAUGAUUAGUGAUGAAGGCUUUGCCGUAAGAAAAAUUAAUCGAGCCCCAUCCCAAUACGCUCCAAGCCAAAUUCCUGUUUCAAUUCCAACAUAUCCUCAAAGACAACAGCAUGAGGAUGACAGAAGAAAACGAGAGCAAGAAGAACAAAGAAAGCGUGAUCUGGAAGAACGAAAGCGAGAACAAGAAAGGCAAAAACAGUAUGAAGCAGAUCUGAAAGAUUUUGAGAAAAGAAAACAAGAGAAACUGAAGAAGGAAGAAGAAUUUGAGAAAAAGAAACAAGAGAAAACUAAGAAAGCUCAGGAAGAGGCUGAAAGAAAAGAAGUCGAAACGUUGAAGAAACAGCGGAAAGAAGAAGAUUGGACAGUUUACGAUAAAGACAAUCGAAACCCACCUCAAGCAAAAUCCAACAGAACCAAAAGAGAGAUCGCAGAUCUUCGAUCGGCUCAAAAAGAACCUGUUAACUUCCAACCACUCCCAUUACCAAAUUAUGAUGAAUAUUUAAAGAUCAAACAAGAUUGCGACAACCUACCUAGUUAUGAAGCAUUCAAGAAUAGCAGAGAAGGAUGUGAUUCACUUACAAGUUAUACAGAUUUCAUAAACAACAUUGCAAACUAUGAAAAAGAGCAACACUCUAACUCAUCUACAGAAGAAACUUGGCAACCUUUACCAUUCCCAGGAUAUGAAGAAUAUUUGAGUAUUAAAGAAGAUUGUGCUAUUCUCCCAAGUUAUGAUGAAUAUAAAACCAUCAGAGAGAGCUGUGAUGCAUUCCCAAUACGCCAUACAACCGAAGUAAUGUGCGAUAUUUUCAAUGAGCAAAAUGAAGUUCUCGAAAGUCUUAUCAGAGAAAGCCCCAGAAGAUAUAUUCAGAAACAGUUGAAUCAUACAGCCAUCAAAGUAAGGUUUAUAGAUUCUCAAGAGUCAAAUGGAAUUGUUCAAGUUACAUUCUGUAAAGAAAUUGAUGAAGAAGAAAUCGAUUUCAUUGAUCUUACUCGUUUCGAUGGAUACAAGUUGAGCUUAGCGCUAACACUAGGACAAAUUCCAAUCAAGAUUAAAAGUCUUGGAGACAAAAUUUGGUACUUUAAGAAUGACUACUCUGGAGGAAUUAUUUCCAAUAAACCUCAGCUUCAUCCUAUGAUUGAUUUUAGAACUAAUAUUACUAACAUGAAAGAUUUCAAGGAAUUUGAUCUGAAAUUCUUAGAUGACAAAGUAGUGUUCAAUGAGCAUAUUCUGUUGGAUAUGAAAACAAAUAUUGAGGAAGAACUUAUAGAAGAAAUGAGAGAAAAGUCUGAUGUUUCGAUUGAGAUUCACGCGAGUAAUCAAGACUCUACAAUGUCUCAUGAGAUAUUAGAUGAUGUAGAAGGUUUCUUUGGAAAAUGGUGGCUUAGAAUUUGGAGAGUUGGUGUCACUUUGCCAGCAAUUUUAGUAUACCUCUUUAUUGCCAGAUCAUUCUGGAUGAUACUUUCACCAAAAACUUUUAUUGAUAGGAAAAACAGAAAACGAAGAAGAGAAUAUGAGGCUGUAGAAUUAAGGGAAAUGGUACAUCGUCCAUCUGUUCAAUCGCUUACCGUUGAUUAA